ACGUCACCCGUCUCCUCCUAAUCCCUCCUCCUCCUCCUCUGCCCCGCCGCCAAACUCCGUCGCCGCACCAUGGCGGCCACCGCCUCCUCGCUCUCCCUCCUCUUCGCCCACCCCCACUCCCGCCACUCUUCCACCCCGCACCGCCUCGGCAGGUCCCAUCUCCGCCUCCCGCUCCUCCGCGCACGCUGCGCCUCCGACGGCGCCGCAUCGGCCUCCACCACUGCCACCAAGCACCGCCGCCCCGCCGAGGAGAACAUCAGGGAGGAGGCCGCGCGCCUCCGCGGCCCCGCCACCACCUUCUCCGCCUGGUACGAGCCCUUCCCCCCGGCCGCCGACGGCGACCCCAACGAGCGCUACUCCCUCGACGACGUCGUCUACCGCUCCACCUCCGGCGGACUCCUCGACGUGCGCCACGACAUGGACGCGCUCGCGCGCUUCCCGGGCUCCUACUGGCGCGACCUCUUCGACUCCCGCGUCGGCCGCACCACCUGGCCCUACGGCUCCGGGGUCUGGUCCAAGAAGGAGUUCGUGCUCCCCGAGAUCGACUCCGACCACAUCGUCUCCCUCUUCGAGGGCAACAGCAACCUCUUCUGGGCCGAGCGCCUCGGCCGCGACCACCUCGGCGGCAUGAACGACCUCUGGGUCAAGCAGUGCGGCAUCUCCCACACGGGAUCCUUCAAGGACCUCGGCAUGACGGCCCUCGUCAGCCAGGUCAACCGCCUCCGCCGCGCCCCGCUCUCGCGCCCCAUCAACGGCGUCGGCUGCGCCUCCACGGGGGACACCUCCGCCGCGCUCUCCGCCUACUGCGCCGCCGCGGGCAUCCCCGCCAUCGUCUUCCUCCCCGCCGACCGCAUCUCGCUGCAGCAGCUCAUCCAGCCCAUCGCCAACGGCGCCACGGUGCUCUCGCUCGACACCGAUUUCGACGGGUGCAUGCGGCUCAUCAGGGAGGUCACGGCUGAGCUCCCCAUAUACCUCGCGAAUUCCCUCAACUCCCUUCGGCUCGAGGGGCAGAAGACCGCUGCCAUCGAGAUACUGCAGCAGUUCAACUGGCAGGUGCCAGACUGGGUCAUUAUCCCGGGAGGCAACCUUGGCAACAUCUAUGCUUUCUACAAGGGGUUUGAGAUGUGCAGAGUUCUUGGCCUGGUUGAUCGCGUUCCACGCCUUGUCUGUGCGCAGGCUGCGAACGCGAAUCCGUUGUACCGAUACUACAAGUCUGGAUGGACUGACUUCCAGUCACUCGUUGCUGAAACCACAUUUGCCUCUGCCAUACAGAUUGGUGACCCGGUUUCUAUUGAUCGGGCGGUUGUCGCGCUGAAGGCGACUGAUGGUAUCGUCGAGGAGGCUACAGAGGAGGAACUCAUGGAUGCGACGGCACUUGCUGAUCUCACUGGGAUGUUUGCUUGCCCACAUACUGGGGUUGCACUUGCUGCUCUGUUCAAGCUCCGUGACCAGGGCAUAAUUGGCACUAAUGACCGCACGGUGGUUGUAAGCACAGCCCACGGAUUAAAGUUCACACAGUCAAAGAUCGAUUACCAUGACAAGAACAUUAAGGACAUGUUGUGCCAGUACGCCAAUCCACCCAUCAGUGUGAAGCCUGACUUUGGUUCUGUCAUGGACGUUCUCCAGAAGAAGCUCAACGGUAAGAUCUGAGCUUAUCUUUAAUUGACCACAAGGCUUCCUUUCUUGUUUAUCGUCACAAUGGACUGUACUUUGGCAUCUUAUUAAUCAACUGCAGUUGGUGAGCAUAGUAUGGCACAAUCGUCUUUAUUUUCCAGUACUAGGUUCUUGAGGCUCUUUUAACUAUAGGCAAAAGUGGAUAGAGCUUUCCUUGUACUUUAUCUGUAUCAUGUAAUAUCAAUAAUAAAAUAUGGUCUGAUGGUUGAAUAA